UCAUGAUCACGUCAGUGACGUAACCCCAACCCCAUCCCUCGCCGUGCUUUGCUUUGGGCUCCAAAGCCACGGUUAGGGUUUUCGGAUAAUCACGCUGCGCGGUCCGUCUCGCUUUCUCCUCUCGCCGAGUCGCUGGCUCACUUCACUCCUCCAUUGCUUGCGUAUUUGCAAAGAGAAGGAAUGCGAAUUUAUCGCCGGCUCCCGCCGCUCGCCGGAGCAUGGCUAGUGUAGACGUUUACGUUUAGAUUGACUGGGUUGACCAGCGGCAUCAGAAGGGAGACAGAGCAGAAGACGGGAGGGUGGAAUUUGAGCCUCCGGACAAGGGGCUGUAAUUCUCGCGGGGGCGAUUGGAGGGCCUCAGACUAUUUGCGAGCGCGUCGGGAUGAUGGCGGUGCUCAGCCAUUCUAGAUCAUCGUCGCUUGUUAUUCGUAUCUGCUCCGGAAUCAGGCGGUGGACCGAAGACAGUUAAACGGUUACCAUUCGAACGGCGUCCAGUGCCCAUGUCUUGCAAACAUUUUGUAAUUUUUGGUCACUACUUUCAUGAUUGGUAGUGAGGAGUCCAGCGCCUGCUCUUGAAUUAUAUCGGCCGUCGGCUGCUUUGUUGCGAAUAGCGAUAUCAGCGAAUUUCUUUUUGCCAGUAUAAAACUGCUUCUCGUAGCAAUUGCGAAGUGACACAUAGCAUCACAGGCUCUUCUUGCUCCACAAUGUUACUUCAUCAUGGAGCAUAUGCAGAUGGCAGAACCCCUCCCACUAUCACUGAGCGGGGACCUAAUCGUUCCUUAAAUCUGUACGUCGAUUUAGGGAUAAGGCCCAGCUCAAUAACCUUGUUCUCGGAACUAGGUAUAGAUCUUUAUGUGGAUUUACCCAUCAUAAGUCAGAGUGGUGGCGGACGAACCGAAGGUGGGAAACGAGACAGCAAUGAAAUCAGCAGUGAAUGUGGAGAUCUAGUGCAAGAACAUUUAGACCUCUCCACUAAUUUGUGCAUUGAAGAUUCUGAUGGACCAUUGGAGCACUUUCGAAACACAGGUGCUAUUCUUUCGGAUGGAAUGACAACGGGACCUGGGGUUUCUGAAAGGUUUACAGCCACGGAUUUAGAGGGUUAUGAUGGUGCAACUAAAUUUGUGGUUACAGAUGUAUCCACAAAUUCGGAGACUGCGAAUGCCUGUGAGACAUGGGCAGGUGCCAAAUUGGAGCAUGUGGAUAUUAGUGAGUCAUUUAGAGGUGCCGAUGUAGAGAAUGUUGAUGCCAUAGAAACCUAUACAGAUACAGAUGUGGAGAAUGUUGAUGUGCUCAGCCUACAAAAUGUCCAGCUUCCCUUAUUCUCGUCGUCUCAGAAAGGAAGCGAUGGUCGAGAUAACUGGAGUUGGGGCUGCACGGAGAUGGAAACGACUUUUGAGCAAGACGUCUGGGAUGAUGCUGAAAUCGGGGCAAUUCAUGGACUCACGAAGCUUAGGGAUGCUUUGAAAUACCAACCCUCAAAGUGGUGUUCCGGUGGGGGAGCUGAGUUUUCAACAGGAGGCACACCGAGCUUGGAUAAAAUGAGGGAGUCCAUGAAAUUGCCAGAUGAUGAGCUCUACCAUCUACGACUUCACUUAGAGUACUUGUCUAAGCGGGUAAAGCAUUGCCGAGCCAGUGUACAACAGCCGAAAUCAGCGUCGGAAUUCAAAAGCAUGAAACCUUGGAGAAGGAAUGUCUGCAAAGACGGUCAGACUUGUAAGCCGAAGAAGGGUAAACCUCUGAGUUUAAAGAGCUACUACAAGGAAAGCGAACGCAUGAGAAGACCCUUGCUGCAAGCAUUUAGAUCCGUCAAACCCUAUAUGUAAAUUUAUGCUUAGAGGGCUCGAUACUGUGCAUACUAGAAAUUGAUACCCUGUAAAAUUCAACGUUAGAAACGCCUACAGUAGUUCUCGACAGGUAUCUCGAGGUACUCAAAUAUGUAAAUUAAGUCAACUGUAUUUUAGUAGCACGUAAAGACUAAAAUGCAAGAGAGAUGAUACAGAUCCGGCUUUAAGAUACGAAUGUAGAAUACGAAAAUUUGUGACCUCUCAAACAAUUUCACACCAUUUUGUGUAAACUGCACUGCC